AUGUUGCUGCGCUCGCUCUCCAGGAGAUGCACGCUGCUCAUUCUCUCUAACCUGUCGCUAGCGAUUGCCGACGAUCAGAUUGAGAACACCCCAGAUGCUGCGAUCGAGGACGUCGCUGUACUACCCGAUGGCUUCAGCCCCCGUUAUUACCUAGGCGCCUCGCCAGCGCGCCAAUUUGUGAAGCGACAGCAUGUAGCGUCUUGCGAGUCCGGAGAGCAUAAUUGCUUGGAUCUUGGCGAGGCCUCGAUCCCAACACCAUCGGGGGCCACCAUAUCCUCAGACAACUCGCUCUCGCAGAGCUCCAAGGCGGGCAUCGGCGCGGGCGUGGCCAUCGGCGCAGCGCUCGUCAUCGGGGCCGUGACAUGGUUCUGCAUCCGCCGGCGGCGCACGGAGCGGCGGCGACGCUCGGCCGCGUACGCGCGGAGCCAGCAGGGCCCCACGCCGGGCGCGGACACGACGGUGGUGGGCUCCAUGUCCGAGGUCAGCGGGCCGACGCGGGGCCAGCGCAUCCACCCGAGCGGGCUGGUCUACGACUACUUCGGGCCGCAGGCGACGGAGGGCCCCUACACGCAGCAGGAGGGCACGCCGCACGAGACGCCCGGCCUGGCCGAGCGCGGCGUGCCGCUGCAGCCCCACGGGCCCGGCGACAUCGUGGUCCCGGUCGAGAUGGGCCCCGGCGCCGAGUCCGGCAUGACGGCCGCGGCGACGACCCGGCGGGGCGCCGCCCUUGCCCGCGGCGCCAGCACCCGCUCCGCGGCCACCGUCGGCUCGGCGUCGACGCGCAACCGCGACCAGCAGCAGGACACGCUGUACGAGCUGGACGCCGGGUUCGGCAGCCCGUCGCCCCUGAGCCAGGACGAGGCGAGGCAGGCGGCGCAGUCGCCGGAGGAGCCCAUCUCGCCGGGCUAUGGCACGUUGGACGUGGACCAUUAUAGGGAUACUCAUUAA